AUGACUUCCAAGUGCGAUGGAUGGUCCUAUUUAAUUAGGUUUAUCAAUGGCAAUGAUAACCGCACCUACUUUGGAGACGCCAUUUUGCCUGCUGGUGCCUCCGGCCUGGAAGAUACCGCUGAGCCACUGUCCCUGGAAGCUCGUAUAAUUACGGGGAAUCCGUUGUCAACAGAGUAUGAAAUAUCCAACGAGCGAGUUCCUGUCAAAAAACUCUUAGGACCACUUGUCCGAGAGAUUGUUCCAGAUAUCCGAUGUAUCGGUGGAAACUAUAAGAGUCAUCUCAAGGAACUAGGAGUUAAGCCUCCAAAAUAUCCAACGAUGUUCCCAAAGCUCAACAACGCCCUUGCCGAUCAUGGAGAUGUCACAGAGAUUCCUAGAAUUGCGCAGGAUCAGCAAGCAGAUUACGAAGGAGAGCUAGUCGUUGUUAUCGGUAAAGAUGCCAAGAACGUGUCUGAAGCUGAUGCCUUGGAUUAUGUUCUUGGUUAUUCAAUUGCAAACGAUGUAUCUGCAAGAAAAUGGCAAAUGGAUCCAGAUUUGGUAGGAACAAGCCCACCGCCACAGAUGAGUUUCUCGAAAAGUUUUGAUGGAUUUUGUCCUGUCGGCCCAUGUGUUGUAUCUUCCAAGAUCAUCCGCGAUGGUCUUGAUUUGGCCCUAUCAACAAAAGUGAAUGGCGAGCUGCGUCAGAAAGGGACUACUUCGGAUUUGCUCUUCAAUGUGGCUCAAAUUAUCGCUUUUUGUAGUCAAGGAAGUUCUUUAUUUGCUGGGAGUAUCCUUUUAACGGGAACUCCAUCGGGAGUUGGAAUGGCUAUGAAGCCGCCUCGAUUCUUGCAAGACGGAGACGUGGUUGAGAUCAGCAUAGAAAAAAUUGGCACCUUGCGCCAUUCGAUUAAAUAUGUUUGA